CUCGCUCCCUCUCCUCCACCUCCUUCUGCUCUCGACAGUCGUCUAUCGUCGGCUGGCGUUGGUGAGGAAUCAAAUGGGGGUUACAGCGGAGAACGGAUCGUCGCCGGCGGAGAGGACGCUCAAGUUCCUGAUCUACGGGAGGACUGGUUGGAUCGGCGGCCUGCUCGGGAAGAUCUGCGGGGCGCAGGGCAUCAGCUUCGAGUAUGCGUCCGGCAGGCUCGAGAACCGAGUUCAGAUCGAGCAAGACGUCGAGAAGGCGAAGCCUACUCACGUCUUCAACGCCGCGGGAGUCACCGGACGGCCUAACGUCGACUGGUGCGAAAGCCACAAGGUGGAGACUAUCCGGGCCAACGUCGUCGGGACGCUCACGCUCGCGGAUGUGUGCAGGGAGAGGGGUGUCAUCCUCGUGAACUACGCCACGGGUUGCAUCUUCGAGUAUGACGAGAAGCAUCCCAUAGGGUCGGGGAUCGGAUUCAAGGAGGAAGACACCCCGAAUUUCAUAGGAUCAUUUUACUCUAAGACGAAAGCUAUGGUAGAAGAACUACUCAAGAAUUAUGAGAACGUAUGCACCUUACGUGUCCGGAUGCCAAUCUCAUCUGACCUUUCAAACCCACGCAACUUCAUCACAAAGAUCACACGCUAUGAGAAGGUUGUUAACAUUCCCAAUUCGAUGACAAUAUUGGAUGAGCUCUUGCCAAUUUCUAUUGAGAUGGCAAAGCGCAACCUUACAGGUAUCUGGAAUUUCACUAAUCCUGGGGCUGUUAGCCAUAAUGAGAUUUUGGAGAUGUACAGAGAGUACAUCAACCCGAAUUUCUCGUGGAAGAAUUUUACAUUGGAGGAACAGGCAAAGGUGAUCGUUGCCCCAAGAAGCAACAAUGAAUUGGACACAACCAAACUGGAAAAGGAGUUUCCUCAACUUCUGAGCAUCAAGGAGUCCCUCAUACAAUACGUAUUUAAGCCAAACCAAAAGGGGUCUGCAUAAUAUUUUGCUGGUUCUCUGUGUGAUGCUUUAAUUUAAAUGCUGAUGAGAAUUAUGAACUGCUUAGCAGACGGAAGUUCAUGUAAUUCGUUGUGAGGUUUCUGUUCAGCUUGGCACUUUGAUCUUGUUGCAUUUAUUUGUAGCUGUUAUUUUCAAUGAAUAAGUAGGGUAUGCUUCUAUUGUCCUAUUUUAA